AAGAUGGCGAUGCAUGUGAAGAACAAGGAUGCUGUGUAUCAAAGUCCUGAUUACAGCCGAAAUUACAACUCACAUCAUAUAAGCUAUGGGAACAGCCAUUACUUUCACCACAUACCAGGCCUGGAGGCUAUCUCUAAAACCCCCCUGAGUCUGGUGUGUCACCAGCCGCAGCCACAGCAGCAGCAGCAGCAGCAGCAGCAGCAGCGGUUGGCCCAAACUCAGCCACCUCCUCCUCUACCGCCUCCUCCACCACCUCUUGCACAGCAGCCAAUGCCCUGCCAGGCCCUGGCCCUGCCGGCCGCCCCUGAGCCACUGCGACCUCUACCUGUGAUGCUCUCCUCGCCCGACCCGCUACGCUACACGCAGCUCUGCAGCGCACAGCAGCACGCACAGCAGCCCCAGCACCCCCACCCCCUCCAGAUGGUGCCGCACCACAGCAACCCUCCACCACCGUUGCCUCCUCCAGUGCCCCCGGGACCACUACCACCCCCAACCAUGCCCCCCGCACCAUCGCCCCUGGCCCCUGCCAUGCCCGUGGGGGUGCUGGCCCCUGCCAUGCCGGGCCCCAGGCCCCCCCUGGAGGAGGAGUGCCAGACGGGGGGAGCGGAGCCGGACGCCACCCUGGAGGAGCUGUGCAAGCCGCUCUACUGCAAACUGUGCAACGUCACACUCAACUCGGCACAGCAAGCCCAGGCCCAUUAUCAGGGUAAGAACCACAGCAAGAAGCUGCGGAAUUUCUACGCGGGGAGCCAGCAGCCGCCUCCUAUUCGAAUACCCGAGAUAGCUGAACCCGUGUCCCAGCAGCCCAACGCCACUCCAACGGAAAGUGCCACUUGUAAGCAGCCUGUACCCUUUAAGGGCACCAGUCGUGUGAUCCUGGCCACAGAGAAUGACUACUGUAAGCUGUGCGACGCCUCCUUCAGCUCUCCUGCCGUGGCCCAGGCUCACUACCAAGGCAAGAACCAUGCCAAACGCCUGCGGCUAGCAGAGGCCCAGCAGAACGCCAGCUACUCAGACUCGUGUGAAGCAGGGCAGAGGCGGCCAAGGAAAGAUGGAAGUGAAUACAGACUCAUUAAGAACCGCAGAGCGCCGCACACACCUCCUAUCAUACCAGGGCCCUACUACAACCCGCGUCCCCGUCAGCGCAUCCCGCGGGACCUGGCCAUGUGCGUGACGCCCAGCGGCCAGUUCUACUGCUCCAUGUGCAACUCAGGGGCCGGCGAGGAGGCAGACUUCCGCCUGCACCUGGAGAGCAAGCAGCAUAAGAGCAAGGUCUCGGAGCAGCGCUACCGCAGCGAGAUGGAGACCCUGGGAUACAACUGAAACUGACUCAGAGGCAGGCAGGCAGGCAGGCUCAGGAGUGUGUGUGUGUGUGUGUGUGUGUGUGCGUGUGUGUGUGUGUGUGUGUGUGUGUGUGUGUGUGUGUGUGUGUGUGUGUGUGUGUGUGUGUGUGUGUGUGUGUGUGUGUGUGUGUGUGUGUGUGUGUCUCAGAGCAGGGCUACCGCAGUGAAAUGGGACACUGGGAUACAACUGAAAAGACACACACACUCUACACUUCUCUGGUCUGUGUGUGUGUGUGUGUGUGAGUGUGUGUGUCUGUGUUUGUGUGUCUGCUAACAUAGCAGUCGUCUCAGAGCAGUGCUACCACAGCGAGAUGGAGACCCUGGGAUACAACUGAAAAGACGCACACUUGUGUGUGUGUGUGUGUGUGUGUGUGUGUGUGUGUGUGUGUGUGUGUGUGUGUGUGUGUGUGUGUGUGUGUGUGUGUGUGUGUGUGUGUGUGUGUGUGUGUGUGAGUGUGAGUGUGUGUGUGUGUGUGUGUGUGUCUGCUAACACAGCAGUCGUCUCAGAGCAGCGCUACCACAGCGAGAUGGAGACCCUGGGAUACAACUGAAAAGACGCACACUUGUGUGUGUGUGCAUGUGCGUGUGUGUGUGUGUGUGUGUGUGUGUGUGUGUGUGUGUGUGUGUGUGCGUGUGCGUGCGUGCGUGUGCGUAUUAUGUUGUAUGUUGGCUAGGUCAUGAAUGGCCCAAUUCCACUUUAAAAAUGAAUAAUUUUGUGUUUUUAUGGGCGGUACCCAUCAUAACCAGUAGUGUUUAGUUGAAGUAUUUAUUUAAAUGGAUCGUUUGCACAUUCUUGUACCUCAAAUUCUAUUUUGUGUGUUUACCAAGGCUUGGUUGCUGUAUAGCCAACAAUGUAGGCUAGGAGUUGAGACACCAUUGGAAAAGACUAAAAUCACUCAGUGUUUAGAAGGGAUGGAUUGACGUAUCUCUAAGCUGUUGUAUCUCAUUUGUUAGAUUGUGUUGACGGGUGUCACUCAUUAAUAACAGGAACUGAAAUAGUUCUCAUCACUAGCUCCCAUUGGGGAAAAUCCCAGUAGGUGCAGUUGUCUGUUUUGCGUUUGUUUGCACAAAUGGAAAGGCGCGACCAUGAGGUAUUCCACAUGCUGUGCUAAGGCAUGUCCCCUGCCUGUUUUCUCAGGCAGUGUUGGUGUGUUGGUGUGUUGGUGUGUUUGUUGGCGUUCAGGGCUGGACUGGGGGGGAAAUAGGGGCCCGGGCACUUUAGGCUUGAAGGGGCCCCUCAUAAUUAGCGGUGCAGAACUGACUCACCGGUGGGCCCCGCAUCCUCGUGGGCCCCUAUUUUCAGACAUGUAAAAAACAACAACAUUUUUACAUUUUUGGAAAUAGGGGCCCACGAGGGUGCAGGGCCCACCGGGAAAUACCGGCUAUGCCAGAUGGCCAGUCCAGCCCUGUUGGCGGUACUCAGCAUAUACUGUAUAUCUGGAUUCCUAGUGCCUCAGCACUUUCCCCUUUCUCAGUGUUUUGUUGUGUUUACUAUAACGUGGUCACUCCAUAACAGGAUGUCCCUGUGAUGUGGAACAUGUCCCUGAGGUGGACAAACCGGAUUGAGAAAGUAAACAUCCCCGCCAUUUUAUUCCGAAAGCCUUUGCUCAUAGCGCAGGUGAUUUCACUAAUGAACUAAUUUACCCGGCAUGAACAGUUGAGGUAAUUAGGGUCAGCUGGUUUAGUAAUUUGGCUCGGACAAAUAAUGUGGCCAGACUUUACCUUUCUGUUUCCUAGACCUCUAUGUUUGAUCACUUGUAAAGUACUUCGAUCUAAUCUCAGAGUACAGGAAUUUUUAAAGACGUACGAUACAUGUGCAUACCACUUUUAUCCGAACUGUUAACGUUCUAAAAGGUGCAGUUUGUAUGUUUUGUGAGAUGAUUGCAUCUUUGACAUUAAGUGUAACAUGAUGUUACACUUUCGUUUGGUUGUGACUGGCUGGCUUAGGGGCAUGGGAGAUCCUAAGCACAUUGAGGCCCCCGGGAGAGAAGCUUUUCAGCAGCCUAAUUGCUUUGUGGAGACUCCUGUGUAGAAGUCCUCCACCUCUCUCACCUCCACUCUCAGUUUUUGCUACCAAAGCUUUAAUAAAAUGUGACAGAAAAAAAACAAGUAAUGAAGGAUUAAGGUGGUAAAUAACACCGGGGAUGGAGGAAGGAAAGGAAACGGUAUAACGGUGAUCCGCUCGUGGCUUUGCUUACGGAUACAUGAAAUCAGAUACAGUGCGAUCUCCGCAUCUCAGUGACUGUUCAACAAUAGCUAUACGAUGUUUGUUCAGGCUUUGUGCGAUGACAUGUGCCCGGGACGGAAGUGUCAGCACUGAGCGUUGUUCAGGGACUAACUUUAAAAAGCCGAUAACACAAUUACGGUCUUUCCGUUUCAAGCAUUACUAUUAAUAAUUAAUGUAGUACAAUCAAUACUAGUUUUUACACACUUUUAGAGACUUCUGAGUUUUGAUAGACAAGAUGUUUUUUUAUUAGACAUCUUUUGGUUAGAGUUCUUCUCCAUCCCAGGUUCAGUGUGCAAUAUCAGAAAAAAAACCUGAUCAGGUUAAAUAUCUUAACUGAAUAUAUCGAUAUAUAAAGUAUAUAUUUAAAGGAAAUACUGUUUUGUUUUAAAUGUACUGUUAGAGCAAGUAUGUAAGUUUAAAAUUGUCUGCAUGGUGUUGUUAGUGUGUGCUAUAGUAGCUGCCUACUUCUUGUUAAUAAUAAAUACAUUGGACACUUGAGUGCCCUACUGACAGACAGUGAUGGGACACCUGGAUUCAUUAGUUUAUAAUCCAGUGCCACAUAUUCCCAAUGAUCUGGUUUUGCAUGUCCAAUUCAACCAGGAGAAUGGGCUAUUUGGACAGGUAAGGCAGGUCAUUUGGAAUAUGUGGUACUGGAUUGUAGUUUCUGAAUCCAGAAACCUGAUUGACCUGUACAGGUAAAACCAGGUUGUUUGGAAUAUGUGGCUCUGGAUUUUAAACUAUGGGUCCAGCUUCCCCCUCACUACAGAGGUAAUGGCUAUUAGCUAAUUGUGCAACUCUGUACAGAAUUAGCAGUGCACAAAUUGAUCCUUGUACCUGGAAGAGGUUAUAAGGUCCAUGCUGAACCAUUCAGACACUUUGCCUCUGUUUGUGAAAUGGAGGUAGGUUGUAAUAUUUUAAAUGUUUUGCAACUAUGGAAAUGUUUACUAAAGAAGCUGUGGAGAAAGACCUGUUUUAUUUGAGAUAUGUGGAACAUUUAUGGAGUCUAAUAUGGCAGCUUGAUUACUGAUGGUUGUUAUUGCUGUGAUGUGGUCACUUGUGACCAUCAAUCAUGAAAUGAAGGACAAGACUGUCAAAGCUGACCGUUUUCCACAAUCCAAAAUAUAUGGCAUUUAUAAUGACUGCGUGUAAAAGCUUUGUGCUGUUUUUACAGGGUUUUGGAGUGUACCGUACGUAAUUGUGGCACAGUGGUGCCAGAUAUUGAUCAGCCAUUUGGAUAUUUUUCAUCCAAACAGUUUCUAUACAUGUGUGUAGAUAUGAGACAAGAAGUUAAGGGUUUUCGAAAAAAAUAUAUACAGCAUUGUCUACAGCAUUGCGUUGGCCACCUCCUGUGGUUUUAUAUGAAUUUGACAACUGUGCCACCAUUUGUAGCUCUGCCAAAGUAGAGUCCCUCCUCGUAUAUUUGUCCACUCACUGUGUCACUGCCCCUGUGCUAGUCUAAUGUUGGCCAAGGACUCGAAACCCUUGAGCUUGAGCAUUGUGGGUUUUUAUCCCCCAAAAUGAUUUUUUAACAAGCAGUUACUUCUGCAUGACUCUUUUUUUCCCGAAAAUGUUUUAAGAUAUAUGCCCGCGUUUUUCAGGUUUUGCCCUCCUAUGUUUUAGUUGUUGGUUUAUUUGUUGCACAUUUCUUGGAAGUCAAAACACUGUAAUCGUUCCAAACGAGUGCUGUUUUUUUCCCCCAGCGUAUUCCAUUUUGUUAUUUUGUCCACUCUCCACAUGACUUGUGGUAAAGAGUGUUUUCACAGAGCAAGUGUAUUUGCUGUGACCAAAGGCAAUAUUGAGAAAAGUGCUCCUCUGUCAUUUGUCGGAUAUGGUACAAGCCAUCGUGUUGCGUUCUCUGCUGCAACAUCCAUGCCGAGGCAAAAGAUAUGUGUCAGCUAACACAUCCACGGUUAACCUUAAGUUUAUCUAAACACAAGUCAAUGGCAGGGAACCUGACGGUGUCAGGGGUCAGUUGUCUCGACCCCAGGGAGAGGAGGGACCCAGAAUUGUGUCCCCAUUACAUUGUACGUAUUGAGUGAGGGGCCCUUUCAGAUGACUUUGGCCCGGGUCCGGCCAGGGCUGUCGGUGACCCUGGUUAACAGCACAGUGCAUACUUGUGUGUGUGGGCUUGUUUGAAACACUUAGUUCAGUUUACAGAGCGGGCAGAGGAGGAGGAGGAGGCCUUUUCCUGUUAUGUGCCGAACUCCGAAACAUCUGUGGUCAGGAAGUGGUGACCCGACGUGGAAACAGAUGCUCCCGAUGGUCACCCCAAAGGACACAUGUCCACCACUGGCAAGCCCUUGUAGUCUUAUUUUGAAAAGAUUUUAAAGGACACCUCUGUUGUGAAAUUAACUUUGUGUAUGUAUGUGCUUGCUUAUAGGGGCAAACUGCUUCUAGAGAUGUAGUAUUUGACCAUUUGCAUAAAAGAAAGGUUAAUACUGCUGAUGUUAUAGGCACAGUUGGAAGCUAAAGCAGUAGGCUCGUUGUAUGCACCGUUUUGUUUGAGUACAGUUAAAGUUAUUUUCAUUAUAGCAGUUGUCCUUAAAAUUUAGCAAACUGACAUUUAGUUCUAAGUAUUGAUCGGUUCACAGUUAAUCUCAGUCCUGGGAGUGAAGAGUGAGACAUGAGUUAUCAUCUGUUCUAUUGUGCCCUCUGAGGUUGUUGCUAUGGCAACAGCAGGCUGUGUCCGAAAUGUUCCCUUGUUCACUACACAGCUUGCAAUAUGGAUUGUGUUGUGCCCUACCUAGUGUACUUUGUAGUGAGUGUACCAUAACCAUUGAGGACUCAGCCUUGGUGAAGGGGUAGUGUUAGCACAGAGCCCUUAGCUCCGAUAAAUAACAGCCGUUUCCAGGAACUCUUCUUUUCCUCUCGGUUUAAUGUUUUGAAACUUCUGGUCCUGAUGGUGUUUUCCUUCUCUCUCUUUCCCUCAAGCUGUUUUUUUUUCUCCUUCAUUAUUUAUGUCCUUGCCCGUUCUUCUCAGAGCAGUAUUGAAAUGUUCUUUCUCUUUAGUUGUUUUCUUGUACGAUGAGACGUUGAAAUCAGAUAGCUGCAGUGCCUUCUCAGCCCACACACGUCAUUUCAUGGAUGCCUUGGUGACAAAUGAGAUGAUUCCGAUGUAGAAAAAUACUGAAAUGUGCUCAUGGAAGGCAGAAGUGUUAAUGGUGCAAAAUAUAUUUUAAAAAUUAUAUAUAUAUAUAUACAGUAUAUAUUAUAUACGUAUAUACAUUAUAUAUAUAAAUUAUAUAUGAACUAUGUGAACUAUGGUGCGUGGAACAAAGGGAUACUUUAGUCAGCUAGCUAGAUAUUUUCCUCUUUUAGAGAUGAUUUGAAAACAUUAUAAGGCACUGUUUUGAAUGUAUACAGUACUUACAAAAAAUGCUAAUAAGAAAUGACUUUAUCGGAGAGUAUUGGAAGACUUAUUUUGAACACUAAAUGAACUAAACAUGUAAUACCUGAUGAAUAUUUCAAUUAAAAAAAUCUAUCUACAACUGGUUAUGUGACUGAGUGUGUAAGUAUUGUGGCCCAGAAAUAGACAUCCCACAAACAAAAAACAAAAACAACAUGCAGUAUUUGCCGCCAUUUUCCUAACCCCCACAGUCCUGAUAUCCAUGUGUAUUGUGGUGAGGAUUGCUCAUCUGAGUGGCUCUGUGGGGGUGGGUGUCAUGUUAGCUUGGGCUGGAUGACUUCAAUACAUUUUCUCAUACUGUAUUGUUCAAUUCUAUCAUGGUCACCCCCUGGCUGUUGAUUUGGUUUUACGUCAUGUUUUUUUUAAACAGAACUUCUUUCUGUCAAUAAUGGUAUAUUUUUCAGGGACUAUAAACACAAGGCAUAUGAUUGAUAAGAGGUGCAUGCUGAUGAUUGUGAUACUGGUCGAUUAAUGGCUUGGCCCUGAUACGAAUAACAACUGAUGUUGAAAUGUUUGGGCCUGGUCGCUUCAGGUUCAUUCAUACCCUACAGAUCCCCUGCCUUAUACGAAUGAUCCAACGUUUCAUACAAAUGGUCCCCUCUCAAGAAUCCAUUCGACGAAAAGACCUGUACCCCCCCUACAGUAUGUGUGGGAAGUAUACGGAUACAAAUGAAGAGUUUGGCAUUUGGCAAUUGAGGUGGUUAACAUCACAGAUGAAAACCAGAAACUGGAACUGGAGAAAUCUGGCCACACAUGAAAGACAGAGAGUGGC